CAUCCAUAUAUCAAUUCAUCAAUAUAUUCAUUCAUCCAUAUAUCAAUUCAUCCAUAUAUCCAUUCAUCCAUAUAUCCAUUCAUCCAUAUGUCCAUUCAUUCAUAUAUCCAUUCAUCCAUAUAUCCGUUCAUCUAUAUAUCCAUUCAUCCAUAUAUCAAUUCAUCAAUAUAUUCAUUCAUCCAUAUAUCAAUGUUUGAGUUGAAUUGUCCAAUGUAA